CCGCCAACAAUGGCGCCCAAAUCCGAUAACACUGAAGCAAUCGUUCUCAGAUUCGUGAAUGAGCAAAAUAAGCCACUGAAUUCGCAGAAUGUGGCGGAUGCGCUGCAAAAGUACAAUCUUAAGAAGACGGCGGUACAGAAAUCGCUGGAUACUCUUGCUGAUGGUGGAAAGAUUUCGUUCAAGGAGUAUGGGAAGCAGAAGAUAUACCUGGCUCGGCAAGACCAGUUUGAUAUUCCGAACAGUGAGGAGCUUAGUCAGAUGAAGGAAGCAAAUACGAAGCUGCAAGAACAGUUGGCUGAGCAAAAGAGGGCAAUUAGCGAGGUGGAGGGAGAAAUCAAAGCUUUGCAGUCGAAUUUGACCAUGGAACAAAUAAAGGAGAAGGACACCAAACUGAGAAAGGAGGUCAAGGAACUGGAAGACAAGUUGGAUAAAUUGCGAGGAGGAGUUACCUUGGUCAGGCCUGAAGACCGCAAGAUUAUUGAGCAAAUGUACUCGGAGAAGAUAAGUCAGUGGAGAAAGCGCAAGAGGAUUUUCAGAGAUCUUUGGGACACUAUUACUGAGAAUUCACCUAAAGAUCUCAAGGAAUUCAAGGAAGAGCUAGGGCUUGAAUAUGAUGAGGAUGUUGGUGUGGAUCUACAGUCAUUCAGUGACCUGCUGCCAAAGAGUACGAAGCGGCCUAGAGGCUGACGAGGAGGGUGUAAAAUUUAGACGCGGUGCGGUUUGGUCUUACGUGGAAAUUGCUGCGAAGAGAGGCUUCUCGAUCACACGAGCG